AAUAACACAAUUGGAAACCUUGAAGAAUAGGACGUUGCCAAGAAACUUGACUUAAACAAUAUUCUCAAGGAACUGCGAGUAUAUAUACAAGGCAUGCACGGGCAGUUUUGAUUGCCAGAGUGCAUAGAAAAGUUGAAAACCUUGGUGCAAGGGCUAACAUGUGCUGACAUUCUUCAGUGUUACUAACAGCAAUUUUUCCUCUUGUUUAUACGUACUCAACAAGAGAUGUCUAGAAUUGAUCAAGAGCCAUCGAUCUUCAAAAUCCAUGGUCAACUACGAAGUGAAAAUGAAGAGGCAUACGAGCCACAAGUGGUUUCCAUCGGACCUUAUCACCGCGGUAAGCCUAAACUGAAAGAGAUGGAGAAGCAUAAGCUAAGGUACUUCAAUGAGCUUUUUCGUCGUAGAGGUGAGAGUUCUGUGAAAUACAUCAUAGCUUUGGCUGAUCUUCAAGAUCAAGCUCGAAGGUGUUACGCAGAAGAAAUCAAUCUUAGUAAUGAUGAUUUUGUUGAAAUGCUAUGCCUUGAUGGCUGCUUUGUCAUCGAGUUCUUGAGGAAAAGAAUACAUCCAGAAUUGCGCUUGCAGAAUGACCCCAUUUUUCAGAUGCUUUGGCUAUUCUCAGCCACUAAGAAUGACCUUAUAUUAUUUGAGAAUCAGUUGCCCUUUUUUGUCCUGCUUCAGCUGUUUGACAUGACCAAGUCGCCAGGAGAAGAAGAGAACCUUAUUGACCUAGCUAUUCAUUUCUCUCUGUCCUUCGAGUUGGCCGAUCCAGGUCUAAAUUCUCAUUCUACAAUCUUCGAACAUUAUAAGCCGGUUCAUCUUCUUGGCCUCAUGCACAAAAUUCUGUCUGCCUCAUUUUCUGAAACACUUACUUCAACCACUUAUUCCAAUACUACACACUCAUCUCUGUUCCUAAAAUCAGCUGGUGAGCUCCGACAAAGUGGAAUCAAGUUCGAGAAGGCAGCGGAUGGUAAAUCCUCAUUCCAUAUCACUUUCGAAAAUGGUGUACUUAAAAUCCCUCCUUUAGUUGUGGACGAUGAUACAGAAUCCGUCUUCAGAAACUUGAUUGCAUAUGAAGAGUAUAUGUCUAAUCCAAUUGAGACAUGGAAGUGCAUAAGUGAUUACAUAAUCUUCAUAGAUUCUCUCAUAGAUUCCCCGUCCGAUGUUGAAACGCUUCGCAGACAUGAUAUCAUCGAGAAUGCGUUAGGUAGUGAUGAAGCACUCUCUACAAUGUUUAACAAGCUAAGCAAAAAUGUCAAUGUUGGCGGGAGAUUCUGUUACACCAAAAUUUUUGAUGAUGUGGACAAGUACUCCCGCAAGCGCUGGCAUAUUUGGAGGGCGCACCUAGUGAGGAAAUAUUUUAAUAACCCGUGGUCUUUCAUUGCGUUUCUGGCUGCAUGUGCAUUGCUUCUCCUAGCAACUGUGCAGGCCAUAUUUUCCAUCCUACAGUAUACGAAACAGAAGUAAGCUAGUUGUGUAAUUUGUUAGUCAUUGUACUUAAAUACGAAUAAAGUCAUUGUACUUGUAACAAAUUCUUGAUCUGUAUGAUGUAAAGAACUCUCGUGUCUUGUAUAUUUUCUUAAUACAUCUGUCGACAUAAGUUUCUAUAUC